GUGCGCUGCCGUGGAGUGAUGUAGCAAGACGCACGGGACAGAGCGGACACAGAGGGAAGCAGAGGAGACAUCUGCACGGUUGCUUUUUGAAAAUAAAAUAGUUCAAAUCUGUUUAUUUUAGAAGCAAAAUGGAUUUACCGAAUAACCCAAUCUAACGUCUACAACAUCAGAGCCAUCCGUGCAGCCUGACACACGGACAUCUUGUUUUUCUCCUGUCAGGACUCCCGAGUGCAGAGACACAUUUACCCCUUAUUUUGGACAAAUUGCAUUGUAGUGGAGCUCUGUACAGGUCAGCAUGGCGUGGCCCUGUAUCAGCAGGGCGUGCUGCAUGGCCCGCUUCUGGAACCAGCUGGACAAGGCUGACAUUGCGGUGCCUUUGGUCUUCACCAAGUACACGGACGUCUCCGAGAUGCAGCACAUCCAGCUGCAGCCGCCGCUCCACCCUCCCCAGGCCCGGGUCGCCAUAGAAACGCAGCCGUCUCGCGCAGACACCCGCACGGCGACGCGGCCGCCGCGGAGGUGCGUCUCCGAGGAGCGCGUGUGCAGCUCGGUGAUGCGCGAGGACUUUAAGCACUGGAAGGUGCGACCCGAACCGAGCUGUAAACCCAAGAACGAGUACCACGGACCGGAAACACCGUUCAACAGCGAGACCCAGUACCAGAAGGACUACAAACCGUGGCCCAUCCCGAAAAGGUACGACCACCCCUGGAUACCCAAACAGCCCCCUGGUGAGGAGCGCGCCCCGGACAGGUCCAGGCACGCCAAACAGCUGGCGGAUGCGGACAGUGGCGUGGAGAAGAGCGCUAUCGCCGACAAGGUGCAGGAGAAAGACCUGCUGCAGGGCCACGAGAGGAAAAAGAAGUCCAGUAAGCAAGAGGGGCAGAAGAAAGUUGUCCUGAAGGUGGAGGGAGAGGGCAGAGGGAGGGCGGCGGCGGAUGCCCUGAACAGGCAGAUCAAACAGGAGAUCACAGCCGACAGCUCCUACAAAACUGAGUACAAGGCGUACAGAGAUGUGAAGCCGGCCAAGAUGAUCCGGGCCAGGUCCCAGUACCUGCCGCCAGACGAGAAGACGAGCCUAGAGACCAGCUACAGCGCCACCUUCAAGGGUCAAGCCCCGCUGCAGCCUGCUGACAACAAGGCGCUGGAGAGGAGGAGGAUACGCAGCCUGUACAGCGAGCCUUACAUAGACCCCACCAAACAGGUUGACAGGUGUAGUGUCCCUCGCUCUAAACCCAAAAAGUCUGGAGCCGCAGCAGCAGGCCAGGGCAAGCCAGCGAAGAAAGCCAAAGAUAAGCAGAGCGCCGCGCUGAAGGGCUCCAAGAAGACGACCUCGGAGAACCAGCCCGAGAACCGGCCAGCGGUGGGGGACAAGGAGAAAAGUAAAGAGAUGAACAACAAACUGGCUGAGGCAAAAGAGGUUGUGCUAAAACAGUACCACUACAUACAACUCUGCCAGCCAAUCCGAGAUAUUGGCUGGGUGCAGACUCUAAAGCAACACCUGUGGGGCUGUGCACUACCCAAUCCCAGAGAUGCUAAGGACGAGGUUCUCCGACCCAGUCAUCAUCAUUCCCAGGGUGCUGCUGGAGGAGAACCACCACCACCACUGCUGGAGAGACCCGAGCCUCGGAGGAGCGGCGGAGUCGUACGCUUUGCCCUAGAUGUGAACCAGACUGAGUAGUUCUGCCUGUCAGGAUGAAGGCAGAUACACCUCAUACAGAGACUGCUGCUCUGUACUGUAAAUAUCUAGUAUUUGCAACUAAGUUGGAGUAGGAAAAGAGGUGAAUCCAAUAAAAAGAAAUCUGCUAUUCACGAGGAGGCCCACACAUUGGAAACACGCAUGUUUGAAACAGCUUAAGCUCAUAGCUGUUUGACCCAUGGCAUUAUUGCAACGGUGCUACAUCAUUUUCUGGUUUCAUGCAAUUUCUUUUUAAAAGAAUUAUGUCAACAUCGUUAGAAAUACCACGCCAUAAAGUGCUUAUACAACAAUUAUUUAAAACAUGUACUGUAAAUUGAUCAGUUUUAGUGUAAA